UAUGGAGGCUUAACGCCGUUCCGUAUUUAGGGUCAGUGACGUGAUUGUUUACUAUGAUGGCAACGCCUCUCGCUCUCCCACAGUUUCUCGUGCAUUGUCUUGCAGUUCUCACGUGCCGGCGCACUUUUCUCGGCCUCAUUUGUGGGAUUGCUACAAUUUUCUCGUCUCCGGCGCGUGGUACAGUUAGAUCGAUCGUGGCUUGCUCGUGGACAGGGCGUCGGAGUCAUCGCCCGUGAUUCACGCUCUUGUCGAGGGAGUUUUCCUGUUAAUUGGCGGUUGUCGCGUCGUGUAAUAGUCCAGCAAGGUGUCUCCUUGUUUUGGCGUUGCACCACGUUGGUGUACGUGGUGUAGCGAGUGUUAUGGAACUGUCGGCUCUCGCCCGCCUCCUGCGGACGGGAGACAGAGUGCGAGUGCAGACAUGUUCUCUGCGCUAGCGUACCAGUUGUCCACCACAUUCCUGGAGGAGUGUGACAAGAAGAGUCCUCAGAAGUCCUCGGAGGCCGCCAAGUUCACGGACUACUUCGGUGUCUACGACAACAUGGGAGCUUGCGCCUCCAAGUGCGGGGCUUCCCGUUUCCGGCGGCCGGUCCCCGCCAAGAUGUCAAAGAAGCCGGCGCCCGCGCCGACCUUGCACAAGGUCAUCAUGGUGGGCUCAGGUGGCGUGGGCAAGUCCGCCCUCACCCUCCAGUUCAUGUAUGAUGAGUUCGUUGAGGACUAUGAGCCUACUAAAGCCGACAGCUAUAGGAAAAAGGUCGUCCUGGACGGCGAAGAAGUCCAGAUCGACAUCCUAGACACAGCCGGCCAGGAGGACUACGCAGCCAUCCGGGACAACUAUUUCCGGUCCGGGGAGGGUUUCCUCUGCGUCUUCUCCAUCACCGAGCCUGAGAGUUUCGAUGCCACGCAAGAGUUCAGGGAGCAGAUUCUUCGCGUAAAGAACGCCGAGAACAUUCCCUUCCUGCUCGUGGGCAACAAGUCGGACCUGGCGGAGAAGCGGCGCGUGCCGCUCGACGCGUGCCGGGAGCGCGCGGCGGCCUGGCAGGUGCCUUACGUAGAGACCUCCGCCAAGACGAGGGACAACGUCGACAAGGUGUUCUUCGACCUCAUGCGCGAGAUCCGCUCGCGCAAGUCGGACGACUCGCGCGCCGGCGGCGACGAGGUCAAGAAGAAGAGGAAGAGGAUCAAGUGCGCCAUCCUCUAAGUGAACUGUCCACCGCGUGGCCUGUUAUUAAGGCCGUAGUGGACGGCUAAUUGUGUUAAUGGUAGUACCUGACGGCGAGCACGUUUGGUAUAACUAUAGGGCGCCUAAUGUAUUAUUGUAAUAGUUCUACAGUCACUUAUAUAAUGCUUGCUGAAAAAAGACGCUUAAAUGACAGCGGUAUGACUCGGAAUAUUGGGUGACUAUAGCGUAACUUUUAGAUAUUUCAAAAGGCUAAACUGACUUAUUCGUAUGGGUUAUUCUACCUAUCCCUAUAAUUUUAAUUGUAUUUCAUCCGUGGAAUUACUAAAAUUAUAGCAUCGACUGAAAAACCGAGUUAUAAAGUUUUGAUUAUCUUUUUAAAAUACCUAAAACUAUUAUUACUUUGAUUAAAAUACCAUGAAAACGGAAUAAAAAACUGCGUAUAAUAUAUACUUAUGGUGUUAUUCAUAAACGCGUUACUGGCCUGAAUUAGCUGUGAAUCGUUUGUCUUUAUCUGUCAUUUUGACUUAUGUAUUUGUAAGAAAGGGAUAAAACAUAAUUUAACUAAAUCAGGCUGGUAAAGUUUUAUGAAUAAGGGGGUUAGUAGGUAUGUUACGUAAGGUCCAUAUCAUACCAAGCGUGCAACGACCGAUGCGUUUUUUGUCUAAGUUUAUCAAUCGAGAGUUCAGUUGUAGUAACAGCAACACAACUGACCAUUAAUAGACGUUCUGUCUGCAAUAAAGUUUAAAAUGGUCAGUCAACUGCAGACCAUGGUAUCAAUAAAGUUUAAUAUGACCUCUAUUUGAGUUAAUACGGUCCCAAAUCGUCAACUGAGCUUUCCGCUGGUAUCGCUUUGUGUCAACAAAUGGUUAUAAACGCAUAUUUGUACUUUUGCAUUGACAUAAUUUUUAUAAGGCUAGCUACACACUUACCAAAUGUACGGAAAUAGAUGAGUUACAGAACUUUUUUUAUGAAUAUUGUUUGGAUUGAGUAGAUUUGAUGUUAAGUGUGAAUUGUUAGACAUCUGGUUCUUCCCGCCGUCACUGGUUUUGUCACUUAGGACUAUGAAGAUCAUCAUCAUCAUCAUCAUGUCAGCCGAUAGACGUCCACUGUUGGACAUAGGCCUCCCCCAAGGCUCGCCACUAUGAAGAUGAAUUUUCUAAAAGCAAUAGUCGUGGUAAUUUAAUAAGCAGCCUUUAUAACUCAACUCAAAAGAUAUAAUUCCGUAAAGGGCCAUACAUAUUUCGAAAAUUUCCAAAAGGGGGCUUGUAUUAAGAAAAAGACACUGAUGUCAGUGUCAAACUCGUGGUAAGGAUACUUAUCUCAUAUUAUUGAGCAUUAACAUUACUUUAUAUUUUCACGAAUAAUUUUAUUUCAUUUUUCUUCGAAAUUUGAAAAAUUUAGUUUAUUUCUGUAAAAAAAAAACCUAAAAAUAUACAGUACAACUACUGCAUGACUUGACUUUUUGCGAGAAUGAAUUUCAUAGUCCUAAGCCAGUAAAUGUAAGGUAUAAAAAUAAAGUAUUGCAACUAAAGGUUUCACUAUUGAUAUUAUUUGGUCUCAAACGCGGGCAACAUCGAGCCCUGUCCCCGUGUAAUAGAGUGUAUUGUCGAGUGUGCUAGAUGCAAAAGCUUGGUCCAUUCGCCCGUACUGGUGCUGGCUUCUUGCACUCGUGCUUAGGUUUACUUAAAUUAUAAAAAAAGAAUUAUUUAUUUUAGAGGUGUAAAGACUAACAUAAAACCGUGCCUGCAAGUUUGAUGCUCGGGUUUAUAUAGCUUUUCGGUGUCAUAUUUUGUGUAAACCGAACUGUCAAACAUCAACUUUUGACAAACAGAGUUAGCGCAUAAUGUACGGGCCUUACGAGCAUAUCGUCGCUAUACUUACUCAACCUCAUAUCUGCAACAAUCAUUUUAUGGAAAUUUCGCUUUUCUUUCAUUCGGAAUACGGGUGUUUUUGUCAUCAAAUGAGUGUUGCAGAUACGAGGUUGAGUAAGUAUAACGGCGAUAUCUGCUUUAGACGUCAAACUCGAAGGAUGUUUUUUUUUUGACUUCACACCUCUUCUAUUAUUAAUAAUUCUUUGCGUAAAUUAUAUGUUUAAAUUAUUCGUAUGGAAUUUUAAUGCUCAUCUCCACUAGGAAUCAUUAAAAUGGCAAUUCUGAUGAAAUGUAUACUUGUAGCCCGAUCAAAGGAAUUUAUACACUAAAUAAUCUUCAGGCUUGUAAAAUAUUCAUUUUACGAGCAAAAAGUAUACUUAAAUUGUCUUUGAUUGUGUUAUAAUAUGGAAAAGUUUGCGAUAACUUGAGAUUAUGCAGACAAUAAAUUACUCACAGAUAUCAUAGAAAUAGAAAUCGCCUUGCAAUAGUACCUUUGUAUCACGAUACACGGAAAGUGUAUUAUUUAAAUAUUUUUUAUAUUUAUUUUGUAUGUGGUAAGUGCUAAAUGUGUCUGAAUGUUGCCUCGACAAAGUUAUAUUGGCUACUGUGCCCCCAGAGUUCAGAUAAGUGUCAAAACUCUUAGAAACAUUCAAAAAUUUUAAUUGUUUUAUACUUUCAAUACGUGUUAAUGCAAUUUGAACCGUAAAUAUAAUACUAUAAGGCUUAUUCUUAGUCGAGGCGAGUGUGUAAAAUGCUCACAGAGUAUGAAUUAUGUAAUCGAUAGAAUAAAGCUCCACUAGACGACUGAAGGCGUAGGUGAGGUACGCAAUAGUUAGAAAAACAACGAAUUUAACAAAAAAUUGACCAAGAAUCUCUAUAAUUUUCUUAAGGCAGAAGUCCUACUAAGCAUAAACAUAGUAUAUACAUUGGUAUAAGUUUUUUUAAUGCUUUAAUAAAAACCAUAAAUUACUAGUAAGUGCAAUUACUUUGCUUUUGUGUAUACCUCGCCUUCGCCUGAAGUAUCCACACUAAUUAUGAUGAGGAAUGGUGUUUUUACAAUCCCUGCCAAAUACAGAAAUUUACUUAGAUGACUGCUAGGAAAAUAUGAUAUUGAAAUGUGUGAAUUCGAAUUAAUAUGUAAGUACUUCAUUCAGAUAUAUAUAUGUUUAAAUGUUCUCAAACUAUGUUUUAUGGCGAGCAAUUCAAUUUAAAUGCCAUUUUUAGUAUAACACAUGAUUUGACAAUUUUUCAGACUACACUUGAGAGUAAUGAAAUUAUUUUUAAAUUCCCAUAUGACCAAUUUGAUAAAUCAUAGUUAAUAUAUAUUUUUUUUUUGUUAUUAUAAACUGAUCGGCGAUUGGCCCUAGUCACACCUGAUGGAAAGUGAAGACAGGGCCUAAGAUGGAGCUCACCGGUUCAGUAACAGCCUAUUCACUCUUGUUUUAAAGAGACCGAGGUCAUAUUGAUCAGGGAACACAGAUGGCGGGAGCGCAUUCCAUUCUUUAGCCGUCCGUACCAAAAAGGAGGAGGCAAAACAAUUCGUCCGAACAAAUGGAAUGUGGACCACGAACGGCUGCAUUCGCUCCCCAUUAUUAUAACUCAAUAAACAGUAGUAUUCUUUAAAGCAUAACUACGUUUUUUUACUCGAUUUACUAUAUAUAUUUCUUGUGCACAUUUAUAAUACUGAAUGAAGUAUCCCAAAACCGAGCUGGAAUUGUCAGUGUAAUGUUAUUUUAUUACGAAAUGAAUGUUAGGAUAUUGCUAGUGUACUUGUAUGUAUGUUUGCCUGCUUGGGGUGUUUGCAAUCUACGUACGUUGAUGCUAUGGAACCUUCCCCACAAAAUACUGCCGUAACGCUUUCCAAGAUGUGUUGAAGGGUGGUACCAAACCGGUUCUUAUUGUUAUAAGAACCGGUUAAGAUAAGUUUCAACUAUUGCAUAUGUUGUAAUAACGUGUUUAUAUUUAGGAAAAAGGGAAUGUAAUGUUGUAAUUUUUUUUUUAUUUGCUAUCUUUGGAAUGCGUUUGUGGUCCAGUAGUUUGGGAGGAAGGGUAUAAUAAUAAUGUAAAGCCAUUACUGUUUUUCUUUAAGAUCGUCCACUCGAUGCCAGAAGGCAUUUAUAGCAAUAAUGAGGGCCCGGGAAAGGAGUGUUGGUUAAACCCAAAGGAUGUUUUUCAAAAUCAUAAGUACCUUGAAACUUUAUGAAAAAAGUGUAUCUUAUUGGUAAUUUGUUGCACGAUUGCACGAAGGUUUAUAUUGUGUUGCCGCGCGCGUCAGUUGACGUCUUUAGCGGUCUGACAGACUGGUCAACGUUACCAGGCGCGCCGCGGCGGUUUACUAUGACUUUCCAUACAAAUAAAUUUAGCGAAUUCUUUAACGGUGACAAACAGUUUGGUGCAAUUUCGCUUUUAGUCCUCCUUUAAUGCGCCAAUAUUUUUGCAAUGUCUUACGCACAAACAAACGAGACAUUACAUUACACAUCACAUUUUUACUAAUAGUUAUAAACUAAAGUGGACUUAAUCGCGUAAUAAAUUAACCUUAAAUAAUUUCAGCUUUAGUUAACAAUAAGUUAUAUUAAAAGCGUUUACAACGCUUCUUUCCGAUGACUUGAAUUAUAAGACCACAAUAGGGAGUAUUACUGCAAUGUUCUGCCGCCAGCGUGCAGCACUAGUUCACAUCCUGAACCAUAGAGUAACUUAUACAUACUGUCUUAACAGUUUUUUGACAAGUUUUCACUGCGAUAUUGCAAAUAUAUAAUUAUGUAUAUUAUAUGAUAGAUUUGUAUAUGUAUUUAUAUUGUUUAUUUAUGUAGUUUAUAAAGGUAUUAUAGUAUAUUACUAGUUUGUAUAUUGGCGUUAGUAUUAGAAUUUAUAAUUAGAAAAAAAAAUUUUUCGCAUCGCACUGCACCCACCUUAACAAUUUCUGUUUGGCCCAGUGGUUGACUGGUAGAGAAUGCCUCAAGGCAUUAAGUCCGCCUUUUGUACUUGUUCUUGUGCAAUAAAGUUUAAAAUAAAUAAAUAUUGAUGCAUCAAGGCGGUUUGUUUACAGGUGGCCUACCGUGAAACGCAACAAUCGAAAUUUCGUUAUCUGCCUCUCUAUCAUAGACAUAGUAUAUACAAGUUUAUAGACACGCCACCGAGCGACCGGGGGUAAGAGAAAGAAUAUUUAUAUAAAAUGUAUACUACGCAAUUUAUCCGGUUUGCAUGUCCAAUGUCUUCUCUUCUCUUUCACUCUUAUAAAUUUUGGUAUUUUGCCACAGCCUCC